UUUUCAUUGACACACUUGUUUAUUGCUUAAUAGACCUUGCUUGCCAAUUGGAGAUGUCAAACUUGGCAACCUCACUCUCAUUCUUCACCUUGACACUGUUGGCACUAGCAACUUGUUCCAAUGCUGGCAGUGGCAGCAUUGCAAUCUACUGGGGCCAGAAUGGCAAUGAGGGUACCCUAGCAGAGGCAUGUGCCACAGGGAACUAUGAGUUUGCCAUCUUGGCCUUCUUGCCAACUUUUGGCAAUGGCCAAACCCCAAUGAUCAACCUUGCAGGGCACUGUGACCCCUACAGUGAUGGCUGCACCAAGUUGAGCUCUGACAUCAAAUCAUGCCAAGCCAAGGGCAUCAAGGUGUUGCUGUCUUUGGGAGGAGGUGCUGGUAGCUACUCCCUUGCAUCCCCUCAGGAUGCAAGACAAGUGGCCACUUACCUUUGGAACAACUUCUUGGGGGGACAAUCCCCUUCUCGCCCUCUUGGACCAGCUGUUCUUGAUGGCAUUGACUUUGACAUUGAGGGAGGAUCAAACCUUUAUUGGGAUGACCUUGCUAGGUACCUCAAAGGGUACAGCAAUAAGGGCCAAAAAGUGUACUUAACUGCUGCCCCUCAAUGCCCUUUUCCUGAUGCUUGGAUAGGGAAUGCCCUCAAGACAGGUCUUUUUGACAAUGUUUGGGUCCAAUUCUACAACAACCCUCCUUGCCAAUACUCUAGUGAAAUUACCAACCUUGAAGAUGCAUGGAAGCAGUGGACUGCGGAUAUCCCAGCAAACAAGAUCUUCUUGGGGCUACCAGCUUCCCCUGCGGCUGCAGGCAGUGGAUUCAUUGAUGUGAAUGAUCUUACUUCCAAAGUGCUUCCAGCAAUCAAGGACUCUUCCAAAUAUGGGGGUGUCAUGCUGUGGUCUAGGUACUAUGAUGGUCAGAGUGGAUACAGUUCCUCCAUCAAGAGCCAUGUCUAAAAUAUUAAACAUAUCUCUGAGUGUAUGUAAUGUAUGAUGUUUGAUCUUGUACAAUGUACUGGUGGUGUGUGAUCCAUAUAUAUUAUUAUUACAUGUGUU